CUCCGUCCCGAAUUAAUUAACUCAACUGUAAUUUUGCGAAAACCCCCCUAAUGUUGUGUCACCGCUCUGUCCCCGUCCGCUUCUCCUCCUCGCGAACAGAUCUCCAUCGCUCUGUCGACCAGUCCCCUUCUUCUCCUCGCGAACAGAUCCCCUUAUCGUCCUCCUCCUCGCGGCAGCUUGGCCAUGGCCGGCACCGCAUCGCCGCCGCUCCCCGUCGCCCUACCUAUCCCCUUCUCCUCUUCCGCUGUGCCUUCUCACCAAGCGUCACUUCCCCUCGCCAUCCCCGUCCCCUUCUCCUCCUCUCCAUCGUAUCCAGAAGAUCUCCACGACACGGCUGGAUCCCUGAAAAAAGUUGAUUUUUUUUGACCUUUUCCACAGAUCCCGUCGCAGCGAUGCAAGAUCAGCUAGCGGGGAAGCCCAAUCUGUCCACCACCAAACACUCUAUCCCCUUCACCCUACCUAUCCCCUGGUUCUUGCCUUUGGCUGGCAGGACCAAGAGCGGUGGAUGCUGCGGCUAUCGGAGGAGGACGACAGGGUGGUGGAGGAGUUCCAGGCGAUGCACGCCGCCGCGGGGGAGGUACUUAAUCUCCAGCGCCACGACUCCGUGGCCCCGCCCACGCGAGAUCUCGCCGGCCUCGCCCUCGCCGCCGAAAGAUCUCGCCGGCCCCGACCUCGCCAUGGCGCUCACGCGGCGUCGCCCUCAGCUACUCCAUCGACCUGCAGGUGGAGAAGGCGGAGGACGUGCUGCUGCACCGGAGGAUCCUAGCCGAGUGCGCCGACCCUGACAAGCGCCCAGUCUUCCACGCACGAUUUCUACGCUCCCCGUGAUCGAGCAGUGCUUUCAGGAGGAGAAGCCUAAAGACGCCUCCAACACAAGCGCUCGUGGCCAAGGAUCUGCAUGGCAUGGACUGGCGCUUCCGCCACAUCUUCAGAGGCCAACCUAGGAGAGGCAUCUCCUUCAGAGCGUUUGGAGUGUGUUUGUCAGUUCCAAAAGGCUUGUUGCUGGGGACGCCUUCAUUUUCCUCAGGAGCUGCUGCUGCUCCGGCAGCAAGGCGAGCUAGAGCAAGGCGAGGUGAUCUACGGCGGGCGGAGGCAGGUGGCGGAGCUGCUGCUCCAGCAGCGCGGAGAGCUGGAGCAAGCGGAGGUGGUUGGCGGAGCCACCACUCUGAGGCAGGUAGCAGAGCUGCUGCUGCUCUGGCAGCAUCUCGAGCUGGAACAUGGCGGGGUGAUCUGCGGGGCAGGCGGAGGCAAGUGGCGGAGGUGCUGCUCCGGCAGCGUGCUGAGGCUGAGGUCCGGCGAGCUGGGAUCGCUGGCGAGCUCGGAUCAAUGGCGAGAUGGGAUCGCUGGCGAGCCUGGGGCCAUAUUAGACGGAUCGCAGGUGCUGGCCCUGCUGGCGAUCUUGGCGAGCCGGACGGAGGCGCUGGAUCGAUCCCAGCUAGCGAGCGGAGGAGGUGCGCUGGAUCGAUCCCAGCUAGCGAGCGGAGGAGGUGCUAGAUCGAUCCCAGCUAGCGCUGGAUCGAUCCCAGCAGCUGGGAUCCAUCAGCGAGCGGAGGUGCUGAGUACCGAGCGGGGUGGAUCUACAUCUGAGCGGACAUGUGCACUGAGUUGUAAAGAUUUCGAAAUAUUUAGGACGGAAAUGUAAUUUACCUUUUCUGAAACGUUUUCCUCUCCCUAAGUUAAUUAAAUCGGAACGG